UAGCUAAGCCCUUCUGUAUUCAAGCUGUCACAACUGCCCCUCUCUCUCUCUCUCUCUCUCUCCAGUCUCCACCAAUCCCAGAACCCAAAUCACUGAUUCUCUCGCCCUCUCCCCCGUUCGUAAAAAUCAUGUUGCUCUGCUCCACCUCCAGUUGCACCACGACUCCUUUCUUCUUCUUGUUCUUCUUCUUCCAUCUCCUCCUAGUUCUAACCACUUCGGCGCCAUGCCCAGGCAACGGCUCGAACGCGACGACGAUCUACGAAGCGCUGAAGGAGCACGAGCUGCCGAUGGGUCUGUUCCCCAAGGGAGUAACGGAUUUCGAGUUGGGCACGGACGGGCGGUUCUGGGUGCACCUUGAGCAAGCCUGCAACGCCAAGUUCGAGAGCGAGUUGCAUUACGACAGCAACGUCUCAGGGUCCCUCAGUUGCGGCAAGAUCGACUCCCUCACUGGUAUGGAGGCUCAGGAUCUCUUCCUUUGGUUCCCCGUCGUCAGCAUCCGCGUCGAUCUCCCCAGCUCCGGCAUCAUCUACUUCGAUGUCGGUGCUGCCUCCAAGAAAUUCAAACUAUCCCUCUUCGAAACCCCUCCCGACUGCGUUGCAGUUAAGCCUGAUAAUGGUCUGUCUGCAUCGUCUCUUCCCCGGGGCGAAUCUGGAAGGCCCUGGAAUCUUCUUGAUCAGGAACCUUCUGGAACAGAUGUUCUAUAGGCCUUGCUGAAACUAGUGAUGAAACAGUUCUCGCUGGAGAGAGUGUGAAUUAGCAGCUCCAAUUAUUUGGGCCUUCUGUCUUUGUUUCUGUUAGCUCCACAUAUAGUGCAGACUUGGUGGUAUAGCAUAAGCAACUUGUCUUGAGGACAAGUCUGCAAAAGAUUUUGUUGUAUGUUAAUUUUUGUGUUCUUAUAAUGAUAUAGCUUUAUUUGUUUCGGAGUUUA